GAGGGGCAGCAGGAGGAAUCCCACUUGUCGGGCAGAAGGAGGACUUGUUGGGCAUCUCCGCCAUGGCACCCAAAAAAGCAAAGAAGAGGGCCGAGGGAGCGAACUCCAAUGUGUUCUCCAUGUUCGAGCAGACGCAGAUCCAGGAAUUCAAGGAGGCAUUUACCAUCAUGGACCAGAACCGGGAUGGAUUCAUUGAUAAAGCAGAUCUGAGGGAUACGUUUGCUGCCCUUGGUCGUGUGAAUGUGAAAAAUGAAGAAAUUGAUGAAAUGAUCAAGGAGGCUCCUGGACCAAUCAACUUCACUGUCUUCCUGACCAUGUUUGGGGAAAAACUUAAGGGUGCUGACCCUGAAGAAACUAUUCUCAAUGCAUUCAAAGUGUUUGAUCCUGAAGGCAAAGGAGUGCUGAAGUCUGAUUAUAUCCAAGAAAUGCUCACCACUCAAGCAGAGAGAUUUUCCAAAGAGGAGAUUGACCAGAUGUUUGCAGCCUUCCCUCCCGAUGUGACUGGAAACCUCGAUUACAAGAAUCUUGUGCAUAUCAUCACACAUGGGGAAGAAAAAGACUAGGGGUGGGGGCUUUUCUCAACUUCCUUCAUCCCUUUUGUGGCUAGUAAGUGCCCUACCCGCCCACUUGCCCUGGUCCUCAGUAUGCAGCCUGUAUCCCCCAUCAUUCUCUCAUUUAUUAGCUUUGUCUACACUUUACUCCUGUCAGUUCUUUGGCAACUCAGUCCCAUUCCCACCCCCACAUUACACCCCUCUGACUUUUAAAUCCUGAGUCUAGACUUCCUUUUACAAAAUGAGAUAUAAAUAUGUCUCAAUAAACUGAAAUGGUUUCUUUGA